AUGGAAACCAUCUUCAAUCCAGUCAUUUCUCAGCGUGAAUGGGCAAGUUCUUCAUCCCGUAAAUCAUGCGCAGUUGGAAUUCGUUUGGGUAGCACUACAAAGGAAGAAUUUGGCUCUCUGCUGAGCAGAUGGUAUUUCAUUGAUGAUCUGUUUCAUUCUAACGGCUUUCAGAUACAUCUUUUACCCAUUGUUGCUUUUCAAAAGCUUAGAUGUACGGGUGAAGGGCUGUCCGUAUACAAAUUGACUCUUUGA